AUGAGUUCGGCGCCCUCCUCCACCAGUCGCAUCCAUGCCACCCCUGUGGAGAAUGCAUUUCCCACUCCACCCACCGGCGAGACCAACCCUAAUGCCACCUACCGCCUGAAAGGCAGACUCUCUCCUGCCCCACAGCGGCUCCUCAAUGUACAACGCGCCCAAUCGACACCUCCAGAGAUCACCCACGCCUAUCAGUUCGGCACUUUGACCAAGACCACGGACAGUCAGCUCUCCGACGUGGCUACACUGGAAAAUUCCUGGCAGCGCUUGAACACUUCCAAAAAGAGGAGCCAGUACUACAGCGAUGCUUUUGCCUAUCGAGAGAUCAACAACACCGCCAGAGAGCGUGUGACAAAGGACUUUGUCAUCGUCGCGGAGAUCAAAACCAACUGCUACGUUGAAUUGGAGAAGGACUUCAUGAUUGACUUGUCUUUCAGAUUGUCUGAGAUCUACCAACGCCCGGCCUCCUGCAUCAUGGUCAUUCUCAAUACCGAAGUCACAAUGCUUUUGGCAGGCACGUUGGAGCCGGCCUAUAGUCUCAACCUCACCGCUUUGUCCUCUGAAAUCGCAGCCACCAAGAACAAAAGGAGUGCCUUCUUACUUCAAGAAUUCAUGCUGGACAACCUAGACAUUCCCCCAAAGAGAGGCGUGGUGAGAUUUGAGACCAUGGCUGAGGAAAACUUUGCAACCAAUGGCUUGACUGCGCUGCAGGAGAUCGAAGACCUCGAGCGCCAGUCCAUGGAUGACGAUUCCAGAUUCCGUGCCAUGAGUCGUCAGAGCCGCAGGGCAAAGAAGUCGAGCAGCGGUGUACCCAUGUUGGCUGAAAGAGUUCGUGCUGGCCUGCCCUCUUUGCGAACCGGGACGCCUUCUCACCAGCACUACGCCACCAUUGCAACCGACAGUAACCCAAAGUCAACCGUCACGAGCGCGCCAUUGCACAAGAAAGUCAAGAGCAGGAAAAGUAUAUUAGCCUUUUUCAAGAGAUGAUGUCUCUUUGCCGUAUCGAGUCUAGAAAAGCCAGUUCUACUUCAUCCAUCCCUAUGUACACAGAGAGGGGGCAUGGGCACCCUUUGAUAGAGUUAUGUCAGGAUGGGCU